AUGUCUACAAAGGUCUUCGUUACGGGAAUCACGGGCUACAUUGGGGGGCAGACCGUGCUCCAUUUACUCCGCAAACUCCCUGAAUUGAGCGUAACUGCGCUUAUCCGCGAUGAAAGGCAAGCGGCUGCUAUCAAGGCUGCCUUUCCACAAGUCAAGACAGUUGUUGGACAUCUUGAUAGUGUAGAUACUCUUGCACGACUGAGCGCGGAAUCUGACGUUGUACUUCAAUGCGCCUCCGCAGACCAUGCCGUCGCUGUCGCCGCCAUCAUCAAAGGGAUAAAGUCCAAGCCCACAGGGAGCGCCCCGGGUUUUCUGAUUCACACCUCUGGCACUGGAAUACUGGGAAAUCCAGACCAAGCCUACGGUGCACCUCCAGACAGGGAGUACGACGAUGUAUCUGACAUCAAAAUCAUCACCAACUUCCCGCUAAGACGAUGGCACCGUGACGUUGACAAGCUCGUGCUCGAAGCAUCCGCGGGCGAUGACCCAGUCGAUAAUGCUAAGAUCAAGACGGCCAUUGUUUGCCCUCCCACUAUCUAUGGAAGGGGCGAUGGCCCCAUCAGAGUCCGUAGCGUCCAACUUCCGGACCUAGCUAACUCCGCUCUUCGCCGGGGAGGGUCGCUGACCGUCAACGAGGGGAAGAAUGAAUGGAGGAAUGUGCAUGUUGCAGACUUAGCAAACGCCUAUGUUCUCCUCAUUGAAGAAGCUUUGAGGGGCGGUGGAAAGGCAGACUGGAAUUCGGAUGGGUACUACUUUGUUGAAAAUGGCCAUCAUGUUUGGAAAGACCUAGCGAAGGCCGUUGCUGAGGUCGGCUUUAAAAAAGGGUACUUCAAAAGCGAUAAUGUGGAUGUCCUCUCAGUGGAAGAAACGCUCGAGGUACAGCCAACCCCUCAUCCCGGACCAGAUAUUUGGGGCGUGAAUUCGCUGGGAUAUGCAAGUCGCAUCAGAUCUUUGGGCUGGAAGGCUCAGAAGCCACCAAUAUGGGAAUACGUUUCCGAAGCUGUUGAUAUAGAAGCUGAAGCUCUAGGGCUGCGUAAAUGGGCCAUGAGAAGGCGAACUUCGAAGCUGCCAUUUUUUACAUAA